UGUUCACAACGUUUUACCUCAUGAGCAUUUGCCUCAAUCCGUUUGAUGUCCCACCAGUCCGGAUGCACCCCUGCUAGCUUUCGUCACCUACCCUCGGCCUCAAGUAUGCAUCAUCGGCUAAAGGCAAGACAUUGACACCGGGCCCCAAUUCCAUUGGAUUUGGAUCCAAAGGCUUUUUCGGAGGUUCAAGUACUCCCAGAGGGUGGCUUUGGGUGAGCCAGAGGACAUGAUGCUCCUGCACUGCAUGUGUCGAACUUUCGGUUUUAGGUGGGUUGAAGACUGACUUUCCUGAUCUUUCCUGCAACCUGUGUUUUGUAACCCACUUUACAGAUAAUUGCGGUGAACUCCUUGGCACUUAGACGGUUCGGUUGGAUGCUCAAGGAGGACAUCUUCAUUCUUCACCACUCUGAAAUGUUGGGAACAUUUCACCCCCAAAUGAAGAAUUAAGGCCGAGUGCCGCGAGUAGGUGCCUCAAUCCCGGUGCCUAUUUCACCACUACGUCUUCAUUCUUCACGCCCAAAGCCAGACCUUCAAGUCUUCGCACCUUCACCUCUUGCGCCGUUCGCCGUUCACUCGCGCGCCACCUGGAAACGGGGCUCGCAGCUCCUGCUUCGCGGGUCCUGCCGCGAUGGAGGGCCAGGGCCAUCGGGAUCUCUUUUGGGAACUGCACCGACGUCUCGGCGAGUGCUACGAAGCGGAUGUGAGGAGAGGGAAGCCGCUGCUGGGGCACUCGCUGCCGCCCUCCCCGAGGCUCAGCAAACCCCGCUUGGCACGGAGCAAUGAUGGCAGCCAUGAGGACGACAGUGACUUCGCGUCAAUCGGUCCGGACUACCGCCGCUCACCCGACGAGAGGGGGUCCCAGUCAGCUCCACAGCGGGUGGAAUCCUCCGCAGCUGCGAGCAUGAGUGCCUCCUCGUUGGGCGCGCUCGCAGUGCCCUUGGAGUGUUGGCUUCAUCGCGCGAAAACCUGCAACUCCCGUGGCGGCACCGCCACCGCUGCCACCAAGAGCUUCGGCCUGGCGCCGGCCGACGACGCGCCAAGCGCGGUCCCUCGCAGUGCCGCGCCGCACAGGGUUCUUGGUGCGGCCAAGACCGUGCCGGGAAUGUGGAUGCGCAAGUGGUCAUCCUGCGUGCUGAGCCCGACAGGACACUUCCGGAACUUCUGGGAUCUGUUGGGCAUUCUGCUGUUGAUCUGCGACGCCAUCGCGUUGCCACUCCAGUUCGUGAGCCCCGCCUUGUACGACGAGCUGCCCGCGCUGAAGGUCAUUGCCACCAUGGAGGUCUUCUUCUGGAGCACUGACAUCGCGUUGUCCUUUUGCACGGGGUACCUGGACAAGGGCAACCUGAUCCUGAACCGGAAGGACAUCGCCCUGCAGUAUUUGAAGUCUUGGUUUUUGCCGGACCUGGUGGUCACCCUCAUCGACUUGGUGAUCACCUUCUUCAGCGACUCCGAGGCGGACCGUGCGAGUACACGGAUCUUGCGACUGCUACGGCUCUUCCGGGUGGUGCAGCUGGGGAAGCUGACGCGCUUCGCCUCGUUCCUGCGGGACAAGUUCGAAUCGGAGGUGGCCUAUACACAGUUCACCCUGCUCUUAUUGAUCAUAGGGAUGAUCUUGCUGGAGCACUUCAUCGCCUGCGGUUGGUUCGGCAUCGGCUCGUUGGACCUGGGGGGCCGGAUGACUUGGGUGGAAGCUUCAGGGGCUGAGAACUCCAGCUUCACCUUGCAAUACACCCACUCCUUGAGAUGGGCCUUCUCCCAAUUGGGCAUCGGUGGCACGAACAUCGAGGCGACCAACGAGGCGGAGGGCAUCUACAGCGCGGGCGUGGCCCUCGUGUCCUUGAUCAUCUUCUCCACGAUCAUGGGCUCCAUGACGUCCCUGGUGAGCACCUUGCAGAGCAAACGGAUGGAGCAAACCCAACAGUUUGGAUUGCUGCGUCGCUUUCUGCGGACCAGCCAAGUGCAUGACGGUCUCUCCCAGCGCGUGACGCGUUUUCUGCACUACACCUAUCAUGAGCGGAUGGCCAAUUCAGAUGAUCCUUACAUCUUGGAUUUCCUCUCCAAGUCCCUCCAGGCGGAGUUGCAGCUGGCACGCUACAGCUCGCAGCUCAUGCGGAUGGUCUUCUUUGCGGACGUGCUGGGGAAUGGCCUGAGCCUGCAAGAAGGGAAGAGCUUGCAAACCUUGGCCAGCCAAGCGAUUUCGCUCCACAGCUUGGCGGAGGAUGACGUGGUCUUCUGCGCAGGGCACGCGGCCUGCUCCGCAUACAUGGUCACCAGCGGCUCCAUGCGCUAUUUGCAGGGAGGCUUUGAGAAGGAUGCAUCAAAUGACCUUUGGAUUUCGGAGAUGUGUUUGUGGACCUCCUGGAACCAUGUGGGCGACCUGGUUUGCCACAGCUUUUGCAAACUGGUGGCCAUCCAUUCCGAAGACUUCUGCCGCAUCAUCUCGGCGUCUGUGCCGCUGCAGGUGCAGGCUCAUGAAUACGCGGCAGUUUACGUGGAGAAGAUGAACAGCGCCGCCUCCGUGGAUGAUUUGCGCAUCAGAGAGGUCCAAAACUCCGGGCGCCGCGCGAGUUUGAUCUCCCUCCCCGGCCUCAAGGGUGGUCUUCACUGGUUUGCCUUCCCUUGGGGGAAGACGCCUACGCCGGUCCCGAAGACGCCUACGCCGGUCGCGAAGACGGCCCAAGUGCAACCGCAGCUUCUCUCCUGAGACGAGCUGAGUCCCCAGAGUCGUCGCGCCUCUCCCGCGCCACGCGGGAGAUGUUCCGCUUUUUUCCUCUUGGGGAGCCGGCAUAUUGUUCUGGGCGUAUUGGCCUACGCCUGGUUGGUGAGGUGUCAAAAGCUCCGCCAUUAUCCA